CCGGUACAGACCGGCGGCUCUGGAGGAGAACAGCCCCUGUCCUGGUGUUCAGUAACCCGCAGUCAGCGUGUUUUGCUCGGUAUCUAAGGAAGGCAGAGGCUGGUAUUCCUAUUUUACUGAAAAUGGCUGUUAGAUCAUCUUCAGAGGAUCUGUUUGACUCCAUUCUGAUGGCGGAUAACAGGUUUCAUAUUGAAGGCUACCGAGAAGGUUUUGAGGAGGGAACACGACAAGGAAUGAUUGAAGGACGAAACCAUGGGAUGCUCCAUGGUGCCAAACUCUCUGCUGAGGUUUGCUUUUAUCAUGGAUUUGCUCUCGCAUGGAAGUGUCUUCUCCAAAACAGUGAGGAUGUGAAAGCGAGGAAACGGUUGAAGGCUGUCGAGUCUUUGGUUGGAUUGAUCCAAAAGUUCCCAUAUGAAGACCCAGAGUACGAGAACCUCCAGGAGGAUAUGGAAAAAGUGAGAGCCAAGUUUAGACAGGUCUGUUCUUUACUGAAUGUGGCCGCAGACUUCCGUGAGUACCUCAGUGGAUCAUCAGGAAUGUCCUUCUGAAAGACUGAAGACUUCACUUCAAACCCUGCUAUGAAACAUGUUGAGCUCUGUGAGAUGAUCUCUUCAUCAAAAUGGGAAUCGGUCACACAGCCAGUAGUGACAGUGACCCUGGACCAGUGCUGGUACUGGCAAUAAUGUGAAGAGUUGAGUUUUUCUGGAGUGAAUGGGUCAGGCCUGUGUAUGGUGUGGAAGUGAAAAAGAGGCUUUCUGACAUGCUGAUGUGAAGAAAGUCUCAGCUGUCACCAGAAUAGUAGUCUGGAAGAGUUCUGAGAGUGCUGUGGAAGAAGCCCACUGUGCUUGAGAUGUUUGAUGGUGAAAAUAAAAAAAGGUAAUUUGCAAGGCGUUCUGCUAGCCAAAAAAAAAUAAAGAGUUGCAUUUAUGAACUAUUGGUUCUCUGAUACUUAAUUCCAGUAUGUGUUCUCUUGCCUUAA